GGAGAAUGGAGGAAGUCAGAGCGCACCACGUUCGUUCACAGACAUACAGACGCCUAAAUGCACCCGGCGGCGCAUGCUAAAGACCUAAAAAGUGGACACCGCACCUCUCGUGCACGCGCCAAUCAACCGCCACAAUCACAUCCAUCACAUCGCCAUCGCCUCCAUCACAAAUCCCGCCUGGCCCCUCGCAGGCCCCGGCGCCUCGCCCUCCACCCCGGCAGCCCCGCCCUCCUGGCCUUGGCCUUCUCCGUCCUCUCCUCCUCGUCUCUUUCGAUCCGCUUCUUCUCCCUCUUCUCAUACACCAUCUGGCGCCGCCACAGGCGGUCGAUGAAGGUGCCAACUCCGCCAGUCAGGAGGGCGCCCGUGCGGCUGGUGGAUACACACACCCAUACCAGACACACAUACAGAGAGCUGGAUGGGAUGCUCAUGCGUCUGUCUGUCUGGUUGUGCGUGUCUGUGUGCUGACGAUGGCCAGUGAGAGGGGCGGCACCAGUUCAGCGUGAAAGGGCCGGAAGGCACGCGGUCGUUGAUGGCCAGCGCCUGGAGAAACACGGACCGACACACACACACACACACACAUCGCACCACGGCCAACCAACCACACGAUCCGCAAUCGCAAAUGAAUUGUGCAUCGUCUCGUCGUCUGGUCCGCCCACCGACCGACCUGCAUUUCCCUCCGUACGGUCUCGGCUCCCCCGCACCAGCGAGCACAUCCCCUCUGCAAUCGCCGCCUCCCGUUUCCCACGGGAAAGUCGGUGAACGCCCCCCCCCUUUGGCCGGCGUCGGUCCCGAAGAAGCCGAAAAGUCGCCGGCGUCGCCCGGCGCACACACGCGGAAGGACCGGUUGCGGAAGCCGCGGGAGAGGGUGGGGAGGGCGUGGGCGAGGGGCAGGUAGAAUGGCAGCGGCAGCAGGAUGAACGAGAUGACCGACAAGAAGGGGAGCAGCUGGGUGAUGACGCUAACGGCGAGGAAGAAGAAGCCUAUGGGCAGACAGAUGCACAGACACACACACGAAUGCGGCAGAUCCAUCCAUCCAUUCAUCCAGCAUAAGCCUGCUUGGGUGCACUCACUCCCUCACUGACCUCGUCGCAUAUACUGUGGAUCAUAGAUGCAUCCACCGAGCUACAGCAGGGGGGACGUGGAAGCGUCACGGUGCACCAAUACAACACUUACAACAACUACGAUCCG